UCCCGGAGGACAUUGAGUCAGACUUUGGCCCUCAGUUCACCUUAUGCGUAUGGAAAGCAUUCAUGGAACCCCUGGGGGUCACGGUCAGUCUCACCUCUGGGUACCGUCCUUAAGCUAAUGGGCAGGUGGAGAGGGUCAAUCAGGAGGUGGGCAGGUUCCUGAGGUGUUACUGUCAGGACCGGCCGGGGGAGUGGGCGGAUUUUCUACCUUGGGCUGAGUACGCACAGAAUUCCCUCUGCCACUAACCUCACUCCUUUCCAGUGCAUGUUGGGGUAUCAGCUGGCCCUGGCACCUUGGCAUACAAGCCAGACUGAGGCCCCUGUGGUGGAAGAGUGCUUUCGGCGUGCUGAGGAGACCUGGAAUGCUGCGCACACUCGUCUCCAGCGGGCCGCACGUUGGCACAAGGAACAGGCCGACCGCCACCCCAGUGAGCCGCCUGUCUUCUCUCCAAGCAACCGGGUCUGGCUCUCUACCCGGAACCUGCCCUUCCACCUGCCCUGCCGGAAGCUGAGCCCGCGGCCAGUGGUGCCUGGUACCCUCGCUGAGGCUGGAUCCAAUGAUGCCCUGCCUCCUCCUCUGGACAUCGAGGGAGGUCCGGCGUACUCGGUCCGUGAAGUCCUGGAUUCGAGGUGUCAGGCGGGGUGUCUCCAGUACCUCAUCGACUGGGAGGUGUACGGGCCAGAGGAGCGGUGCUGGGUACCUGUGGUGGACAUCCUGGACGCUUUGCCGACCAGGGAUUUUCAUCGUUGGUGCCCUGACCGACCCGUGUCCCUGUGGUCGUCCCCGAGGCCGGUGUCUUCCCGCUGCACCAGUACCGCAGCAGUACCGGUGUCUUCCCAGUGCAGCGUCAUUCCGUUCACCAGCUCCGGAGGUCUACGUCACCGGCCUUCAAGGCAUCACUGAACUGGAUUCAUUACCACCA